CUGCGUCUCUCCGCGGAUGCUCCGUGUUUCCUGGACUCCUCGGUGUCUGUGCCCGGUCCAUGGCGGUCAGCGGGUUCCAGAAGCUGACCGUGGCCGCAGUGGUGACGCUAUGUGCGGCUCUGAUCCUUCCCAAGAUGCUGCUGCGGAGAGAACCGACGGAGGAGCAAGCUCCUGGCCGGUUCCCUCCCAUGAUGCACCGCCAUAUGACCCCUAACCCUGGGGUCAGGGGUCACGGAGACGUCAGAGGAGCAGGAAGCGGAGGGGUGGGGACAGGAAGCGGAGGGGCAGGGACAGGAAGUCCUGGAGGGAAGUCCAAUCUGGCGGCGCAAAUCAUCCCAGUGUAUGGCUUCGGGAUCCUGCUCUACAUCCUGUAUAUUUUAUUUAAGAUCACAUCUAAAGGGGGCAGUAAACCAGCCCCGAGUCGCCUCCAGUCUCUGCGGUCCGAGAACAACAAGAGGAAGAUCACUGACUUUGAGCUGUCUCAGCUUCAGGAGCGUCUGAUGGAGACAGAGGUUGUGAUGGAGACACUGGUCAACUCCUCAGGACUCAGCCACGACAGUCCUCCGUGUGUGAGUCUGGAGCAGGAACAAAGCCUCCUCCAGCAGCUCACAGCCAUUACACAGGUCAUGAGGAGCAACCACUUGGUCCAGGACUUCACCCCAUUCACCCCAUCAGAGGAGGGGGAGAGAGAUGAGAGAGAUUUGUGCGACAACUUUGAGCCGUUCUGGAGCCGCUGCGACUGUCACUGUCAAACACACAAAGAACAAACGCCCCACGAGGACUGGCCAAUCAGAGACCGGCUCCACGAACCAGCCCCGCCCACAGAGGAGAGACAAACACAUCACGACAACUGGCCAAUCAGAGACCAGAGCCACGAACCAUCCCCGCCCACAGAGAAUAGACAAACACGCCACAAGGACCAGCCAAUCACAGACAAUGCCCAGCAAAAUCGACCAAUCAGACCUCAGAAUCCACCAGAACAGAACCGACCAAUCAGAGAUGAGCACCAGGAACUAGCUCCUCAAACAGCGGAUCAACCAGAUGAGGACCGGCCAAUCAGGGACAAGAACUGGGAGAUCAACAAUGCUUUAGCCUCGCCUACAGAGGAGAGAGAAAUGGAGAGUGACAGAGGAGAGGAGGAGGAGAGAGAGGAGGAGAAGAGACAAGAGACUGUGAAUCGGUGCCUGGAGGAGCGAAAGAACUGGGAAGGAAUGUCUCAAAAUGCCCAACAUGAAAAAAAGGAGAUACAAAGGGAGGGGGAAGAGAGAGCGGCACGGGAAGAGGAGAGGGGAUGGAGGAAUUUUGAAGGAGAAAAACGAGAUGGGGAGAGAGAAAAGAGGAGAGAGAAAAGUCUACAAAGCAGAGAGGAGCGACAUCUAACACUGGAGAGAAGAGGAGAGGAGGAGAAAGCAGAACAGAGGGAGAGAGUUCCACAAACAAACGUCAGGCGCAGAAACAGAAGACGCAGAGGACGCAGGGAGUAGGAAGAAGGAGAUAAGAGAUAAGGAGGCGUGGAGAGAGCAGAUGAGGUGAGAGGAGAUGAGAGAAGGAAAUGAGGAAUGAGGAGAGAGGGGACAAGGAGAUGAGGAAAGAGGAGAGAGUACAAGAGCCACAGACUUCAGUGCUUCCAGAAGAUUUUGAUACUUGAAUAAUUAUUUUCUUUUCUCAGAGACUCAGAGGAUUCAGAGGCUUCAGAGGAGUCAGAGACUCGGGAUCAGAGGAUUCAGAGAAGUAAGAGACUGAGAGAAGUCAGAGGAGUCGAGGAGUCAGAGACUUCAAGGAGUCAGAGGAUUUGGAGGAUUCAGAGACUCAGAGGAGUCAGGAAUUAGAGACUCUGUGUCAAAUAUUAAAAUGUGAUAAAGUUUGAAAAUGAUUUAAUUCAAAUUAUCUGUAGCAUGUUUCCUUAACCACAACACUGAAAAACUCUUGAGCUCUGAUUCAGAGUAGACAAUGACCUAAGGAGACGAGGAGACAAGGACAUAAAGAGACAAGGAACCAAGGAAACAAGGAUGCAGUCCAGACACCCUCCCCGUGUGCCAGAUGCCCUCCUCGUGUGUCAGAUGCCCUCCCUGUGUGUCCAUGGGGUCAUAUUAUGUGUG